UGUAGGUAGCUCCUCGUAAUUAAAAGAGUUAAAAACUUCUUCGAUUUCAUAAAGAAGUUUGUAAAAAGAAUUUGAUGUCAAGAUGUCGCUAUGACACAUCUUUCUUCACAGUGCUAUUUAUUUUUUGUACAUAUUUUUCACUAAUUUUUGUUUGAAUGGAAAAAUCUAACAGCAAUACAUCACUAAAUCAUGGCUCUGGGGAUGAAAGAGGAAACCGAACUGACGACGAAAAGGCAACGACGUCGAGAGGGGAUACUUUCAGCCCUGAACAAAAUUCCCACAAUAUGAAGGAUAUGAAAGCAUUGGAUUUUAACUCUGCCGAUGAAAUUAGUCCGUUUUUCAAUUUUAGGCAAGCAAUGAAAGCGAUUUUAGCUGGGAAAAUUCCACCGACAUCUUUCACGGAGGAAGCUAAGAAUUUACACGAUGUAAAACUUCAAAAUAGUGCGGAACCAAUUAAAAUAAACGAGUAUGUACAUAAUCAACCGCUUCGCAAACAAGAGCCUAAACCUGUUCAAGGAUUUAUAAAGCAAAAUUUGUAUCAACGAAUAAAAAAUACAGCCCAGGCGUGGGCUUGCAAGCCCACUCCAACUAUUAUUGUUAACGAUGCUUCGAAACGGAAAAGACCAGCGGCCAAGCCACAGAGAGCGGGCCCGUCUAAAAAGUCGAAAGCGACGAACAUGAACGCCAUGUAUUUAGGGAAACUAUCCAAUGUGGCCCGCUUCCAACCUUGCUAUGGAUCAGAGAGUGAUUCUGAUGUGGAGUCCGUUAUGAUAUAUUACUAACAAUUUUCAAUGUUUGUUUGUCAUUACCUGUUGUAAAAUAUAAAAUCGAUUUGUUCA